UUCAAAUUGAGCAACUUAAAAAGAAAAAAAUUGUGAUGCGAAAACUUUUUCCAAGACAAAACACUCAAAUUUCGAAAGAUUUUUUCUACAAUUCGAUCCAUAAUGUUAAGAAAGAAUAUCGAAUUUUACGUUUUUGAGUUAUGAAGUAUAUUUAUUUGAACAAACCUCAACAAAAGCUCGGAAAAGAUUAUCAUAAAAAACAAAAAAGGAAAGGAAAAUUAAAAAAUGGAAUAUCAUUUACUUAUAAGUGGGGAAUCAAUGCUUAUUAAAUUUUACUCAAAUAGUUUUCGUCGAUUAACUCGCGCUGUUCAUCAAGGAAAUAUCGAUCUAGCUUCUAGUAUCUUUGACUUGGUUAUUUUUAGUCCUGCCAAUAUUGCAUCAAUUCUAAGAAUUGCUGUUUCUAAAUGUGAUGUAGACAUGGUAAAACUCAUAUUGUAUCAUAAGCCGAAUUUAAAUCUGCAUGUACUUAUGGAUAUUAUCUGGACAGCUGUUUAUUUAAAUUCCAAAAGUAUUGUAAUGAUGCUUAUAAACUAUGGCUUGAAUGCCCACCAUUUUGUCGGUUUGUACAACUCCAAUCUCCUUCAUGCGGCUGUAGAACGUGGCAAAGAAUCGGAGGUUGUAUUGUUACUGAAUCAUGGUGUAGAUGUUAAUACACGCGGUGUUGCAGGAGCAAGUGCCCUUCAAUAUGCUAUACAGUUAAAACAAAUCAAUAUAGUACAUAGACUAUUGAAAAAUGGCGCCAGAAUAGAUAUGCUAAAUAACGAACAUAAUUCAGUCUUGCAUACUGCUGCAAACACCGGUAAUCUUGAGCUAGUUAGUCUGAUGCUAAGUAAUGGUGCUGAUGCUAAGGUUACUAAUUAUAAAAAGAAAGGUACAUUACAUUUUGCGGCUGAAGCAGAAUAUGAAAAUGUAUCUGUUGCUGAAUUGCUGUUAAGGAAUGGAGCAGCUUUAGACGGUGUGGAUGAAAUGCACUUUACACCAUUGCAUUUUGCCCUGAUGACCAGAAAAAAGAAUAUGGUAAUAUCAGAAUGUAUUAGCAGAAGAAUAUGCUUGGCAACGAAAUUCAUACAAUUUUUUAUGGAACAAGGAGCUAAUCUAAAUGCAAAAACAAAAUCAAGUAUUUUUCCUCUCUACUUAGCAAUAGAAUAUACUACAGCUUCUAUAAUUGAAUUACUAUUAAAGAAAGGUGCACGUGUUAAUGAAAAAACAAGUCAAGGCUUAACAGCACUUCAUAUUGCUUGUAAGAAUGGCUCAAAACGAAAAAUUGAUGUUUUAUUAAAUUAUGGAGCUGAUAUUAAUUCAAAAAGUGAAGUAGUAAGCACGCCUUUAUAUUGGUUGGAUAUUCGCUCCAAAUUGGCAAAGAAUACAAUAGCUAAGCACGUGGCUGAAUUAAAAUUUCAAAAUUUAUUUAUUCGCGAAGAAAAUUUAUCUAUUAUUCAAGUAUACUCUGAUUGGCAAAUGCUUUAUAAAAAAUACUUAUGCGAACUUGAAAGAAUGACAACUAAAAAAGUUUAUAAUAACAUUUCAUUUUAUCAUGUUCUAUCAAAAACUUCUAAUAAAUUAUUGCCUUUACUAAGAAAUAAUGACUUUGUUUCUGCAUUUCAAUCAACUAAUCUACCAGAACUUUUUCCGCUUUAUGAAAAAGAACUUAAUAAAAAAUUUGCAAAAGCAAGAAAGAAAAAAAAACAAUUAGAUUUAAUGAGAACACGUUUGAAAUCAAUAUUUUCACAACAUUUACCAGAAAUUGCCUUGGAAAGAAUUUUACUUUAUUACUCUGAGGAAACAAACAAAUAGAUUAAUCAUAUAAAAAUUUUAGCAAA